AUGGACUACGAUCCGGGCGACGGUGCUGUACCACGGCCUGACUACGAGGACAUGUCACUCCAAGACGGAGAAGACGUGCUGGUGACGCAAGAGACGACUAGGACGAUCCCACUGGAGAGGAUUAGCCACGUGCAGAAGCAGCAGAACGAGAUCGCUUCCAAGAACUCUGAGUAUCCGCAGCUCCAGUACGACAAGCUCGACCUCCAGGAGCAGCAAGAGCAGAUCCGACGUUAG